CUCCAAUUGGGGAAAAGAACCUGACUCCACCUGCACAGAGGACAGAUGCGUAAGGGUUCAUUACACAUUGGGUCAGAAUCAACUCAAAUGGGCUGCUGGAGGAUGCAAAGGCCCUGCUUUUUAUGCAUGAUUUGGCGUGAAGCAGACUGGCAUCUGCAGGCCCAUUUGUACGGGGAGUGACUGCUUAACUGUUAACCAAGACAGAGUGGAUUUUGAAACAGCCGAGGAAGCGUGCCGUGUCAGGAAUGGAGAACUAAUGACACUUCAGCCUCAGACAGAUGAAAGGAUCCUUGACAAUUUGAGUGCAGAAUUGUUUGGAAACUUCUGGAUCGGACUGCGUUUGCCAGUCGGUGCCUGUAGCAACCUUUCAGCUCCACUCAGAGGCUACGAGUGGACCUCUGGUGGCACACGCGGGAGCUUCAUUCCAUCCUUCAGCACCUGGAAAGACAGCGUUAAAGUCUGCUCUCCACACUGUGUGUCACUUUCGAACGACCAAAGUUGGACAGAGAGACUGUGCACGGACAAAACUGAUGGAUAUCUCUGCAGAACAAAGCACAAAGAUGCAUGCCAGGCACAAGAAUUAUCAGAUUCCAAAGUCUUGAUCAACUCUCAAGGCUGUAAGACAGCCCCUUGUGAGCAUCAAUGCACGCCUGUAGAAGGAAGUUAUAAAUGCUCUUGUUUCAGUGGAUAUAUCCCAGACAGCAAAGACCCUAACCGGUGCAAAAUCCACUGUGAUACACAGACUUGCCCCAAGACAUGUGACUUAAACCCUGAUUCAUGCUAUUGUCCUGAUGGCUAUAUAAUUAAUGAAAAUCAUCUCUGUGAAGACAUUGAUGAAUGUAAAAUGGAACAAUGUCAGGAGCACUGUAAAAACACUUUUGGAAGUUUUGUGUGCUCCUGUAAAGAAGGAUUUGUCCUUAAAGAUGAAGUGAAAUGCAUCAAAGCAGAUGUCAGUGAGAGCUUUGACAUCACAACGCCUGUCACUGACGGUUCUGUCAAACCUGUUACCAAUAAUAAUACUCUGAAGGCUUUGUCUCCAACUACUGGGGGUUUUGUACGGGUAUGGAUCUUUGUUGCUGUGGCUGUGGUAGUGUUAAUAAUUGUUGUGAAGCUUUAUGUUGUCAAGCGUCAGAAGCGCAGAGAACAAAACUCCAGUCAACAGUCCACUGCUACUGCUGCUGUGGACAAUAUUGAGUGUUAACAUUACUCCAACUGGCCCUUUAACAUUUAUAGUUUGAGGAGACUUGCAUAUUCUGUACUGUUUUAAGUCUCUGUGUUGUGUCGUGUUUGAAGUAUUGUGAAUGUAGAUAAUGCAUGCUGAAGGAAAUAUGUUAUUAUCAAUAUAUUCGAUUGUUGGCUAUUAUGAAUCAUUAAAAGCAGUGAUACAGGGAAAAACACAA